GUGACGCAUCCGAUCCCUGCGCCUGUCCGGCCGGCUUCAGCCGCUGUGCCGGCCGCUGUCUGAAGCGACUGGACCUGGCAGUCUUCUACCCCGAAGCGGAGAGCCAGUGCGCCGCGCUGGGCGCCCACCUGGCCGUGCCCCGCUCAGACGAGGAGAACCAGUGCGCCAUAGACGCCGCCACUGAUGUCGAAGUGUGGCUGGGUAUCAACGACACCGUCACCGAGGGGCAGUUCGUCGGCGCCGACGGCUGCGGCACCGCGUCGUCCACCGGUCCCCAAUGGGUGGAGGGGCAGCCUAACGACCUCUCCGGUCAGGACUUUGUGGUCCUGUUCCCGGUAGAACGAGGUAGCGGCUGGGCUGACGAACCAGCUUUAUCACUGUAUAGGCCCCUGUGUCAACUGGGGGCCUGCUAUCAGCCUGGCUGCCUAUGA